AUGAAGGCCUUCAAGUCCUACUUCACGCCUGCCCAGGCGCCGGGCCAGGCGGCGAACGAAGCAUCGAAGCCCAAUGCCCUUCAACCAACGACCACGGGAUCGAGAAUGCAGCCUUCCGAAAAGCCAGCUCCCUACCGAAGCCAUAGCGUUAAAGCAUCCGCCCGACAGUCGACGGUGAGCCUGGCGCUCACGGCAGGAAUGAGAGACAAGCAUGCCAGCAGCAUCCAUGAUCUAAGAGCGGAUGUCACGGUACACAGCUUGUACCAGGACCAGCUCAGAAAGAUGUACGCUUCGGCCUGGAACCUCGGUGAAGGUUGUGUUCUCAAAAAGGGCCGCAACGACUACGUCUGCGCCCCACCUCAGCUGUCGACUAUCCCGAAUGGAUUCUUCGACAUGGUCAGCCAGCUUAACGUGAGCUGCGCCAUGACUGUCAACACCCCCGUGAUCCAGUCCAUCAUUCACGGUAUCUUAAACACUGGGGAGGCCAUGGCCUCGAUCCCUCUUUCCGGGGGUUUGCAGCUGCAGGUUCUCCCAAGGAUGACCGACCUGCCUAGAUGCCAGAAGCAUCAUUUCGCAGCCUUCAUCCUCGACCCUCCCCUUUUAACUGUCUGGGACGACGACGCGAACAAACUCCACGAUCGUGCUGAAAACCUCCAGCAGAUGAUCAUUGCCCACAUCUGGCGAAGUGAUCCCAUUGAUGAGGAAGAGAGUGAAGAGAAGAACGAGAAGCAAGCCGGAGUAAACGUUGAGGAGCUCUCUCCGUCGGCUAUCGAAGAGGCACUCGGAGCAGAAGCACGGCCAACGCGGGUGAUAAGCUCUGCCCUCGUGGCAUUAGCGAUCAGUCUCAGCAUGACGUGCUUGGGUCUCGGUUACCGAAGCCUGGCUCUGCAAACAGCAGUAGAUGGCAGCUACACGCGGUUGGCGUUGUUGGCAGUGUCCCCUAUCACCCUAUUUAUCAGUCUGUUCUUUUUCAUCUCCAUUUCUGGAAUCAUCUUUCAGAUUUUUGGUCCUAUCUCCUCCAUCCACUCCAACUCUUCCAACUAUUCUGGCAAGCCUCCCCGGCGGCUCAGCCCUUACCGAGAACAGCUCCCCCAUGUCACCAUCCAGAUGCCCGUUUACAAAGAAGGUUUGAACGCAGUCAUCAAGCCAACAGUCCUGUCACUCAAAGCCGCGAUUUCGACCUACGAGAUGCAGGGCGGUACCGCCAAUAUCUUGGUCAACGACGACGGUAUGCAGCUACUAGACGCCGAAGAAGCUGCGGCCCGCAGAGAGUUCUAUGACGAGCACCUCAUGGGAUGGGUUUCCCGCCCUGGCCACAACCCGAAGCCCGAGGACCCCGCCGAGAGGCCCUUCCUUCGCAGAGGCAGAUUCAAAAAGGCAUCCAACAUGAACUACGCCCUGAUGACGAGCAACAAGCUUGAGGAUAAGCUCAAACAGAUAAACCGUGGCAGCAGCUGGAACCAAGAAAGCGAAGACAAGGUCUACGACCAGGCCUUAUCGCAGGUCAUUGAUGAGUCCGAAGGCCGGACCUGGGCCGGUGGCAACAUUCGCAUUGGCGACUACAUUCUUCUGAUCGACUCCGACACUCGUGUUCCUCGCGACUGCCUGCUGGAUGCUGUUAGCGAAAUGGAGGCCUCCCCCGAGGUCGCCAUCCUUCAGUACACCUCAGGUGUCAUGAAUGUCUCUGACUCGUUCUUCGAGAAGGCCGUCACGUGGUUUACAGAGAUGAUUUACACCAUGAUCACCUUCAACGUCGCCAAUGGCGAUAUCUCACCCUUCGUCGGUCACAAUGCCGUGCUCCGCUGGUCCGCCAUCCAGGACGCCGCUUCUUACAUGGACCAUGAGGACGGCUACGAGAAAUUCUGGUCCGAGUCCCACGUAUCCGAGGAUUUCGACAUGGCUCUGCGUCUCCAGACGGCAGGUUACACCAUCAGAUACGGCGCAUACACAGGUGACGGCUUCCAGGAGGGCGUGUCCUUGACUGUCUAUGACGAGCUGGCCCGCUGGGAGAAGUACGCCUACGGCUGUAAUGAGCUGCUCUUCCAUCCCUUCCGCUUCUGGUUUACUCGCGGCCCUUUCACGCCACUCUUUAGACGCUUCUUGACCUCCAACAUUGCUUUCUUCAGAAAGUUGACCAUCUUGUCCUACAUCGGCACCUACUACGCCAUCGGAGCCUCGUGGAUCCUGACCUUGGCCAACUACUUUAUCACUGGAUGGUUCAAUGGCGUGUAUGACAAGUACUAUCUCGAUUCGUUCGCCACUUACUUCUCCAUCAUCAUCGUGUUCCCGCUCUGCGGCAACAUCGCCCUGGCUGUGCUUCGGUACAGACUGGGCCAUCAGUCCCUCAUCGGAGCUCUUUGGAACAACUUCAAGUGGAUGCCGGUCUUCUCCAUCUUCCUUGGCGGCAUCUCGUUGCACGUCUCCAAGGCGUUGCUCUGUCACUUUUUCGAGAUCAACAUUCAGUGGGGUGCUACGUCCAAGGAAGUCGAGCGCUGCAACUUCAUCGAGGAGAUCCCCAAGAUCAUCAAGAACUUCGCGGGCACCUUCAUCUACACCUUUGGCGUGACGGCCCUCAUCAUCUGCGGGAUUUACGUCUUCCCUCCCCUUUGGCAGAUCUCAACCUUCGCAACCAUCUUCCCCCUGUGCGUUUCUAUCGUCUCGCACUUUGCGCUGCCGGUGCUCCUGAACCCAGCCUUGAUGAAGUUUACCUUUUAA